CCCGCAAGCACUAAUAAGACCACUCCACGCUCGCCAACGCUUCCUCCAUGGCCCGCUCUGCCGUUGCUCCCGAUUCCAUCUCCGCGCGCCUCCUCCAUCCCACUUCCUCUUCCGCUCUCAAACAGAGGUAUUGGUACAGGACGUGCUCUCUAUCGAUGAAUGGUUGCAAGGCGGCGCCGGAGAGGGCUCUAGGACUGUGUGAGACUCGGACGCUCCCCGCUGUGUCGGCGCCGGAGACGGCGCUCUCGGAACUCCAGGCCGCUGUCUUCUCCCUCAAGGCUGAACCUCCUCCGUGCUCCCCCUCUGGCAUCAUUCGCCUCGAGAUCCAGGUUCCAAUACGGAAGAAGGCGAAUGCUAUUGAUUGGCUGCACGCGCAGAGCCAUCUGCCGCGAUGCUUCUUCUCUGGAAGAGGGCAGAGGAUGGAUCCGAGCUUCUCUCUUGUUAAUGGUGGUGGGGUUUGGAGUAAUUCAGGGCGGGAUUUGGUUGGUGUUGCUGGUGUGGGCUCUGCUGUUUUCUUCCAGGGGAUCGAUCCCUUUGCUUUUCAAGACUGGAAAUGCAUUCGAAGAUUUCUCUCUAAGGAUUGCCCCCUGAUCCGUGCAUACGGUGCCAUCCGGUUUGAUGCGAGGGCAAAUAUUUCUUCUGAGUGGAAGGAUUUCGGUUCGUUUUAUUUUACUGUCCCACAGGUUGAGUUUGAUGAACUUGAAGAAAGCUCAAUACUUGCUACAACAAUUGCAUGGGAUGACUCUCUUCUUUGGACAUGGAAGAAUGCAGUAGAUGGGCUUCAAGUGACAAUGCAUCAGAUCUCCCCUUACUUCCAUAAAUCAACAACAGAAGUCCCUCAAACAACCAUUAUUAGUUGGAAUCAUGUGCCAACCAAAGCAUCUUGGAAUACUUCAGUUAAGAAGGCUCUGCAAAUAAUACGCAGCAGAGACUCUGAGCUAGUGAAGGUUGUGCUAGCUCGGUGUAGUACAUAUGUUACUGACACUUGCAUUGAUCCUGUAACUCUGUUAUCUUGUUUGCAGGUUGAAGGGGAAAAUGCCUACCAAUUCUACAUUCAGCCACCUGAUGCACCUGCAUUUAUUGGAAACACUCCAGAGCAACUAUUUCACCGAAAAUACCUCAAUAUUUCAAGUGAGGCUUUAGCUGGCACUCGUGCAAGGAGCUUAAACAAAGAUGAAGACCUUCAAAUUGGACGAGAAUUACUCUUCAGUCCUAAAGAUCAUAUAGAGUUCACAAUAGUGCGAGAGAGCAUUAGAAGAAAGCUUGAGAGUAUUUGUGAUGAAGUGCUGGUUGAACCGAGCAAAGCACUUCGAAAGCUUCCUAGAGUACAACAUCUUUGUGCUCAACUAUCUGGGAGACUAAUGAGCGAAGACGAUGAGUUUGCCAUCCUGGCUUCACUUCACCCAAGUCCUGCAGUUUGUGGCUUGCCCAUGGAAGAAGCCCGCCAGUUCAUAAAAAAUAAUGAAAUGUUUGAUCGAGGAAUGUACGCUGGACCUGUUGGAUGGUUUGGAGGAAGAGAGAGUGAAUUCGCUGUGGGAAUAAGAUCAGCUCUAGUGGGGAAGGGCUUUAGCACACUGAUUUAUGCUGGUGCUGGAAUAGUUGAGGGAACUAACCCAUGCUCAGAAUGGGAUGAAUUGGACUUAAAGGCUUCACAGUUCACCAAAUUGCUGCAGCAAUGGGAGCACCAAACUCGUUACCGUGAAAUUAACAUUGGGAGUGCUCAAAGAGGAGGAUAUUGAUGCAUGUCAUCAUCAUCAUCAUCUUAGAUUAUAAAGAGGCAGCAUUGUAUGUGUCCUUCUUGGAAUUAUGUUGUUUCAGAAAUAUUUACUCUUGUAGAUUAAUCCUUCAAAAGAAUGCUUUUUAUGUUCAAAAUUGUAAAAUCUUUGUUUGUAAAAUAAUUCAAGGGGUAUAUGGUCUUUGUAUUUUCCCAAAAAAAAAAAA